AAUAUGUUUAACUGGCUCUCUCUUCUGGCCAAAGAUGGAGGAAGUUGCAGCUUGCCUCGAGUUGGAAGCCUCUUGAACUGCGUUGAUGCGCGCAAGCGGCGCAAGCUCUCACUCGACAGCAACAUCAAUGGCGAAGCAAUCGAGCGCGUGGAUCGCAAUGCGGAAGAAGCGGUGGCCGCUGAUGGUCCUGCUCCUCUUCUCUCUUUCCACCGCUCUCGUCCUGAUCACCAGGUUCGCGUCCGAUUCCUGCAACCCUAGCGCCGCCGUCUCCUCCAGUUCGAGCGACGCGCACUUCGCGGGGGAGGCGGUCCCGGGCGGCGCCGCCCGCGCACCUCCUCGAGGGUCGACCAGCCCGCUUGAGUUCAUGAAGUCGAAGCUCGUCCUUCUCGUCUCCCACGAGCUUUCCCUUUCCGGUGGGCCGUUAUUGCUCAUGGAGCUGGCAUUUCUGUUGAGAGGUGUGGGCUCGGAGGUUGUCUGGAUUACUAACCAGAAACCAGCAGAGCCAGACGGUGUCAUUUACAGCUUGGAGCAUAAGAUGUUAGACCAUGGAGUGCAGGUUGUCUCUGCAAAAGGACAGAAAGCAAUUGAUAUAGCCCUUAAGGCUGAUUUGGUGGUGUUAAAUACUGCUGUCGCUGGGAAGUGGCUUGAUGCUGUUCUUCAGGACAAUGUGUCUAGUGUUCUACCAAAAAUUUUGUGGUGGAUUCACGAAAUGAGAGGACAUUAUUUCAAACUGGAGUAUGUCAAGCACCUACCUUAUGUGGCAGGGGCAAUGAUUGAUUCUCACACAACAGCUGAAUACUGGAAGACCAGAACUCAAGAACGUCUGGGGAUCAAGAUGCCUAAGACUUACGUUGUGCACCUUGGAAAUAGUAAUGAGUUAAUGGAAGUAGCAGACGAUAAUGUGGCCAAGAGGGUUCUCCAUCAGCAUGUCCGCGAGUCCUUUGGAGUAAGGAAUGAAGAUCUACUCUUUGCCAUCAUCAAUAGUGUUUCCCGUGGGAAAGGGCAGGAUCUAUUUCUGAGGGCCUUUUAUGAAAGUCUGCGAUUGAUUCAAGAGAAGAAAUUGCAGGUGCCAUCUAUGCAUGCGGUGAUAGUUGGAAGUGAUAUGAAUGCUCAAACAAAGUUUGAGACAGAACUUCGUAACUUUGUAGCAGAAAAGAAAAUUCAGGAUCGCGUACACUUUGUCAAUAAGACCUUGCAAGUUGCUCCUUAUCUGGCUUCAAUUGAUGUCCUCGUCCAAAACUCUCAGGCGCGGGGAGAGUGCUUUGGGAGAAUAACUAUUGAAGCUAUGGCCUUCCAACUCCCUGUACUGGGGACGGCUGCUGGAGGAACCACAGAAAUUGUGGUAGAUGGGUCGACAGGUUGGUUGCAUCCUGCUGGGAAAGAAGGCGUGAUGCCUCUGGCAGAAAAUAUCAUCAAAUUGGCAACCCAAAAAGAGACGAGGCUGACAUUGGGAAAGAAGGGAUACGAGAGGGUGAAAGAGCAGUUCCUGGAACACCACAUGGCGCAGAGAAUCGCUUUGGUUCUGGAAGAAGUGUUGCAGAAUGCAAGAAGGCAGAAGCAAGGACAGAAACAAUCGUGAUUAUCCAUGUAUGGUGAUAAACGAAAAGACCGUGAUUACUCAUGCCUGGUGAUCAUGGUAAAUCCUUGGCAGACAGCAUCAGAAACGACGACAUCCUCAAGCUCAAAAUUAUGCUGAAAUGGCAUGCUCCUGGAAGCUCCUGUUUAUGGCGAGACCUGUACAUAAAAAGCAAGUUAUGAGACCGGUCCCGGUCUCAAUUCUUUCCUCAGUUGAUGGGGUUACAAUAGCGUAGCAUAUUCGUUUAACUAUAUGUUACGGUAGGAAAUAUCUGAUUGUAGUUUCUCGAUC